AUUACGUCUGUAAACUGGACCCCGGAGUUAAACUGUAUCUAUUUACCGAUUGUUGAUUUUUUUCAGACAACCAGGCAGCCCGCGGUGCCUCCUCUCAGUUUAUUGCGACAAUCUAUACGCCACUUCUCUUCCGUGAGCGACCGUCAUAAGCAGGCAAAGGACGGUCGAAGAAACGACAAUGUGCACGGUGAUAACCAAGGUGACAGCGAACCGACUGUGCCUGGCAGUAACGCUAGGUGGUCUCCGGAGGUACACCGAGGGCUUGAGCGCCUCGGUAGCCGGGGACGGGCGCUUGUGCGCGGGGACGAGAGCCCGCGGCGUCCUGCUAGAAGGGGGGACGACGUACUCAUCUGGGACGCAAUUGAACGACCGACUCCUCUUCAGACAGCUGUUUGAAUCAGAGAGCAGCACCUACUCAUACCUGCUGGCUGACGCCAUCACCAAGGACGCCAUCCUCAUCGACCCCGUACUGGAGACCAUCGACAGGGACCUGAAGCUCGUCUGUGAAUUGGGCCUUCAUCUGAGAGUAGCAGUGAACACUCACUGCCACGCGGACCACAUCACCAGCACAGGGCUGAUGAAGACGAGGCUAGCCGGGUUGAAAAGCGCCAUCUCCAAAUUAAGCGGUGCCACGGCGGACAUCCUGCUGUCUGAGGGAGACAGGAUCACCUUUGGAAAACAUUAUCUGACGGUGAGAGAAACGCCAGGACACACAGAUGGCUGCGUGACGCUGGUGACGCAGGAUCAGUGCAUGGCGUUCACCGGGGACGCGUUGCUCAUACGAGGAUGCGGCAGGACAGACUUCCAGCAAGGUUGCUCCAAGCGGCUCUACAGUUCCGUUUACCACAAGAUCUUCACCCUACCCGACCACUGCCUCAUUUACCCGGCGCAUGACUACCUAGGUCAGACAGUGUCCACAGUUGGUGAGGAACGCAUGUUAAAUCCUCGCUUGACGAAGAGCCUGGAAGAGUUCGUGACAAUCAUGGACAACCUGAAUCUUCCAAAGCCUUCCAAAAUAGAUAUUUCAGUGCCUGCGAAUCUGGUCUGCGGAGUUCAUCACAUUUGAACACCCUGCACAAGAGUGGACUUAAAUCAAAAGUAUUCCAAAUUGUUUAUUGUAGCAUACCCCCCCCCGAAUGAAGGAUCGCACUUCACUGAUGAAUUUUCAGGUUUAAUGGCAGCAAGCCAUCAACUUCACCGUAAGAGCUUGGGAAUACACAAAAAACAAGGUGUAAACUAAAAGGCAUACUCUUCGAGCCAUCUAUCUUAACUCACUUGGGGUUAUUUACACACACACACAUAUAUAUUAUAUAUAUACAUAGAGAGAGAGAGAGUGUCAUGUGCUACCAGCUUAUUUUAUUGUAAAUUUGCUCUAUUGGAAAGCAUGUGCUAUGUAACCACAUUUUGAACUGUCACAUUUGCAUUGGGAAUCACUGAGGUCCAUGUUUCUAUUGCAUAAGUUGAAAACAUUGACUAAACUAUGAGUCAACUCUCUUAACAACACGCCUGCACUGCCUGUAAGACAGGUUUCCCCCCCCCCCCUCUUCAAACCAUUGUUAAAGAGGAGUGUCAGCCCUUGACACAUACCAACAACAUAGCAACUUCUGGCCAUCAUAUAAUUUAAUAUUCAUCCUAAUUACCUUCAGUUCAUCUUCUCAUGUUAGAAUGAAUAUUAAGUGAAGUGCUGCCAUUUUCGGUUGGUACUAUACUGGAUGCAUACAUCCAUCCAUUUUCUGAGCCGCUUCUCCUCACUAGGGUCGCGGGCGUGCCGGAGCCUAUCCCAGCUAUCAUCGGGCAGGAGGCGGGGUACACCCCGAACUGGUUGCCAGCCAAUCGUAGGGCACAUACAAACAAACAACCAUUCACACUCACAUUCACACCUACGGGCAAUUUAGAGUUGUCAAUUAACCUACCAUGCAUGUUUUGGGGAUGUGGGAGGAAACCGGAGUGCCCGGAGAAAACCCACGCAGGCACGGGGAGAACAUGCAAACUCCACACAGGCGGGGACGGGGAUUGAACCUCGGACCUCAGAACUGUGAGGCAGACACUCUCACCUGUCGUCCACCGUGCCGCCUGGAUGCAUACAGUACAUGAUAUUAAUACAAUAUGAGCAAUUGUAAAAAAAAAAAAAAAAAAAAAAAGUAAAACUAGUCACCCAAACUGUCAUACAAUUACAGUGGUGCCGUGAGGUACAAAUUUAAUUCAUUCCGUGACCAUGCCCAUAACUCAAAACACUUGUAUCGCAAGUCAUAUUACCAUUCAAAUGAAUAUAAAUCCCAUUAUUUUGUUUCUUGCUUCCCCUGAAAAAACAACCAAAAUGUUAGAAUAUGUUUUUAAUAAGGCAAAUAGCACUCUAUAAUAUUGCACUUUAUAAGAAUACAUAGUAAUAAUAAUGCAGUUAAAUAGAAUGUAAAGAUUUAAACAGUUUGUACAUCAUGAUUAAUUUAUUGCGGCUCCUUCUGGUGUGCCCGAUUAGCCACCAGGGACAGUAUAAUACAGUCAUGUGGACACAAACGAAUAGGCCUGUCACAAUAAUUACUAUAUCGACUUAUUGUUCGAUAAAUAAAAUGGACACGAUAGUUUUUCCGGACUCGAUAAAUUAUCAUUUUUGUGGUAAGCCGGUGUGCGGAUCACACAGUGUGCUGACAGAGUGGGACGGCUGUGUCAUUAACUGUUAGUGGGCUUAUGGAAUGCUGGUGUACCGGUACACUCUUGCCGGUGUUGGCUCUGUCCAAUACUCCACAGCCUUGCUCCAUGUGCAAUGCCUAGAUUCAGACGACAGAGAAACAGAGAAACUUCAGGGGAAAGUUAACUGUUUUUGUGUUCGCGAGCUAACGAGUAGCCUGCGAGCUAACGAGUUCAGAAGAUAAACAGCUCGUUCCACCGCAGCGAUGUCAUUUAAAACAUCAGAGCUUUCGCUCCGAGUUGUUGUGUGUGUGUUCGUCCCCAAUUAACAUACACGGGGACGUUAACUAUUUACUAAGCAUAACUUUACUGGCACAUGUUAUUCAGCCAAUAGUUGACUACAGCGAACGUCAGUGUACAUUUGACUGACGGGUGAAGGGCUCAUCUUUAGCGGACCAACCACACAGUAGCUGGGAGACUUUAUGUCAUUCUGAUUGAAAUCAUUUUAAGAUGUCUGAUCAACUGUUUAUAUGUGAGGGGAUCUAUUCUGAUCUGGUGUAUACAUGUGCACUACUCGGAACAGUAUCCCUUCUGUGGAUGACAUCACACAAACACAUUAUUCAUUGUGUUACAGCUGUCCCUUGCAACACUUUAGACAACUUCACAGUCCAGUACAGCUCCUCAUUGUCUUCUUCUAACCCAUAACCUGAAGAUAUACAGCAUGUCCGUCUGUCCUAUUAACCUGGCCAGUAGGCGUGAGCUGUCCCAUUACCCAUCUGCCAAGCCGCGUUUCUUUUUUCACACCCGCUUAGGCUGCCAGCCACUCUCUCCCACGCCAGCCGCCUGUCACUGGAAGCAAUUUAUAACGCUAUAAGCUCAUUCAGACACAGCUGUAAAGGAGGCCAGCCUGGGUGCUAAAGUCCUUGCAGUCAAGAGAUCAGAUUUUUGCCCCAAUGGAUGUUAAAGAAGUCUACUAUAGGCUACUUUUAGCUUGGAAUUAUCACUAAACAACAUUGGCUUGUGGCUUACAGUGAAUGUCUAAAACCAGAGGUGGGUAGUAACGUGCUACAUUUACUCAAGUAACAUUUUCCAUAAACUGUACUUGUCAGAGUACUUUGAAGGCACCAUAUUUAUUUUACUUGAGUAUUUAUGUGACGAAGGAAUGAUACUUUUACUCCGUUACAAUGAUCGAAAUGCCGAUCGCUACUUUUAUUUAUUCAUUCUUGCAUGUGCGCAUCUAUUUUUAGACUCAAUCUUCGACUUCUGCAUAGGGUGUCUGUUGCGCCAAUCAAACAGGAUCACCAAUGUCAAAGACUCCAAUUCAUCAAUCAGAUGACACAAGGCAGUCACAUGACCACGCACAUACCCUUCGCGAGCAAAUCAAUCAUGACUCAUUUUGGAGGAAAAAAAACAGCCGCGCGACAGUUUAUUUUACAGACUCCCAAAAAAACCAACAGCUUUACCAUGCAACUCUUAAAUUGUGACUGCUCAAACUUGGAUAUUUCAGCCCACUUCUAACUUGAAAAAACACCUUGCGGUGUUUAGCACUAUCCCUAUGGUGUUGCACACACGAUCACUAAGUCUGGUCAGCAAACAGCUUCUAAAUUAAUUCAUUUAAACGAAUAAAGCAAAUAAUGUUUCUGUAGGGCCCAUUGUAUGUGUUUUUGGACAGUUAAAUAUUGAAAUGGUGGCAGGUGUGUGUCGACUCAUAUAUUGUUUAUUUUAUUUCAUUUUAUUUGAUGUUCAUGUUCUGAUUUAAAAAAAGAAAAAAAAUCAGAAGUUACUCACAAGUUACUCUUUACUUGAGUAGUUUUUUCAUUGCGUACAUUCUUACUCUUACUCAAGUAAAUGUUUGGAUGAUUACUUUUCACUUUUAGUUGAGUCAUAUUAUUCUAAAGUAACAGUACUCUUACCUGAGUACAAUAUUUGGCUACUCUACCUACCUCUGUCUAAAAAAUAGUGGUAUUUUAAUCCUUACUGGAGUCUGACACUACAUCUUUUAUAUUUUUAGUCUGUACAUACAUCCUGAAGAGAAUAAAGGCUUCCCUCUAAUAAGAAACAAUAGGCAAUAGCAAUAGGGAAUUACGGUGUUUGAUACUACGUCUUUCAUGUUUUUAGUCUGUACAUACGUCCUGAAGAGAAUAAACGCUUCCCCAUAAUAAGAAA